AUGAGUGAAAACCAAGGAACUACCAGCGGAGGCUUGCACGAGGAUGACUCUCAGAACUACACGAACUCGGAGACAAUCUCUAUGAGCGCUGAUCAGCGGGCCGUUUCACAAGCCCAGACAUUGGGGUCGCAGUCAGAGACUGCGGCAUCCCAUUCUGGGCAGCAAGCGACACUAGACCCUGAGGAACACCAUACCAGCCUAGGAUACUACGAAGUUGAGAGGAAAGCUGACGAUGGCGAGCAGGAUGCUUCCUCUAAUAAUAAUAUGGAUCAACUUCUAGAGGGAGUGUAUUUUCAGCACGAUGACACAGAAACAAACAAUGCGCACGAUAAGACACGCAAGUUGGUGGAGAAAAAGCCCAUCAGCGACCGUUAUAGAGUGGGUAUAGAGUGCUUGCCGCUACAGCGUGAGUUUGUCACCGCCAAAAAGGGCGGCCAUUUCACCGUCAUGGUGGUUGGCCAAACUGGAUUAGGUAAGACGACGUUCGUCAAUACGUUAUUUCGGACUUCGCUAUUGCCAAGUGUCUGGGAUACCUUGGAGGGGAACAAACCCAACGUGCAGUUCAAGAAAACCACCCGGAUUAUCCGUCACCAAGCUUUGAUUGAAGAGAAGAACAUAAAGCUAAAGCUUACGGUGAUCGACACCCCCGGGUUCGGCGACAACGCCAAUAACUCCUUCGCCUGGUCUCCGAUUAUUAGCUACAUUGAUGAGCAGUUCCGCUCCUAUAUCUUCCAGGAGGAGCAGCCGGACCGUAGGCGUCUAAGCGACAACAGGAUCCACUGUUGUCUAUACUUCUUGAACCCUUCCAACAAGGGCAUUUCCCCGCUAGAUAUCGAAGCCAUGCAAGAGAUAUCCAAACGGGUUAACCUCAUUCCUGUCAUUGCCAAGGCAGAUUCAUUGGGCACGCAAAGCAUAGCAGCCUUCAAGGAGGACGUAAGGCGGAUUAUCAACGCACAGGGCAUCAGAAUAUGCGCCUUCCUAGACGAAAGCGAUUCCGAGUGCCAGUCCGUAAUCAGAGACUCGCCCUACGCGUUGGUGUGCUGCGACAGCUAUGUGCAGAAACCCAACGGCGAGAAGGUCCGCGGCAGGAAGUACAAGUGGGGCAUCGCAGAGGUGGAAAACCCAAAGCACUCCGACUUCUGCCAGCUACGGGAUAUCCUCAUGUCCAAGAACAUGGUCGACUUGGUCGUCAGCAGCGAAAAGUACUACGAGACCUGCCGCUCGCACAUGCUCAUGACGCGCAUCAACCAAGCUAAGGACGGCCUUGCCGCCGAGACCAGCGAAGACAACCUCAUCUUGAAGAAUAUGAACUACGAGGACCCGGACGCAAACGGAAUGCUGAAUUACAAAUGUUACCAGAUAUACAACAAGCAGUACAUGGACGAGCUCAUCAUCGAGUGGUCGCCCGAGUUCAUCCACAAGCAGUGGGAGGCCAAGAAGCGCUUCAACGAGAUCGUGCACUUGGAGGAAAAGAAAUUCAAGGACUGGAAGCGCGCCUUGAUGUUCAAGCAGACCAACUUCAACAGCGAGAUCGAGGAUUUGCACAACCGUGUCAAGAACCUCCAGAUCGACUGCGAGGAGUUGGAGUCCAUCCUCCUCCAGACCGGCGGCCUGGGCAGCAUGAGCAGCAAGCGCAUGAGCAAGCACGAUUUGCUACAAUAG